GGCUCCCGGCUCCACCUCCGGCUCCACCAUGGCUCCCAAAGGCAGCUCCAAGCAGCAGUCCGUGGAGGACCUGCUCCUCCAGGAUUUCAGUCGCAACCUCUCAGCCAAGUCCUCCGCACUCUUCUUCGGGAAUGCCUUCAUCGUGUCCACCAUCCCCAUCUGGUUAUACUGGAGAAUAUGGCAUAUAGAUCUUAUUCAGUCUGCUGUUCUGUACAGUGUGAUGACCCUUGUAAGCACUUAUUUGGUAGCCUUUGCCUACAAAAAGGUGAAAUUUGUACUCAAGCACAAAGUAGCACAGAAGAGGGAAGAUGCUGUUUCCAAAGAAGUGACUCGAAAACUUUCUGAAGCUGAUAAUAGAAAGAUGUCUCGGAAGGAAAAAGAUGAAAGAAUCUUGUGGAAGAAGAAUGAAGUUGCUGAUUAUGAAGCUACAACAUUUUCCAUCUUCUAUAACAACACCUUAUUCCUGGUCUUGGUCAUCGUUGCAUCCUUCUUUAUAUUGAAGAACUUCAACCCCACAGUGAACUAUAUUCUGUCCAUAAGUGCUUCAUCAGGUCUCAUCGCCCUCCUGUCUACUGGCUCCAAAUAGACCGUGUCAGCUUCACCCUUGGCUUUGUAUCUAUGGGUGGUCUGUGGUGUAUGGAAAAGAAGCCGGGUGGUCGGGGUGGGAGACACACAAGAUGUUUUUAUAGUCUGGAGCUUGAGGGUUUGAAAGACCCAACAAAAUGUAAUUCAAUAUUUGUUUAUUGGCUCUUUUUUGACAAACUGUUGAAAGUACAUGAAUUGGAAAGGAAACUCAGAGUACCAGGGCAUUUAUUAAAAAGGCAAAUGUGUCUGGCAAUGUGCUACAA